AUGACCGAAGAUGUGGAAAAUCAACGCCCUUUCUGCAUCAAAUCAGUUGCCGAGCAAAUGAAAACAAUUUCAAAACUUGAAGAUAAUGUGAGCUUGAUUGAAUUUGUCGAAGUCUACGAGGAAUUGUGUAAAUUCAUCAAAAUGCUCGGGAAAAUAUUCGAAUUCGUUGAAAAAGAUGUGCAAGAGAAAAUCAUAUUAUUGAAAGCAUUGCAUAAGGAGAAUUCCGAACAUUAUGCAACAGUUAUAUCAAUGGUCGAAAUCGAAAAAGGGAAGAAAAUGGAUAAACAUAGUGGAUGUGUUGCAAUUUUGCAUUUGAAUCGUGCCUUGGAAUUCAUUGUUGCUUUCAUGAAUUCAGCAGUUUCUGCAGGGAUGGAUGAUAGUAUUCCAAAAAUUUGUAAAGAAUCAUACGAUGAAACUCUCGCCAAGUAAGUUAAACAUAUUUGUAAAUGAAGAAACAUAUUAUUUUCAGACAUCAUCCAUGGAUUAUUCGAACAGCAGUAAAAGUAGCUGUUUACACAUUGCCAACUCGCGAAAAGAUGCUCGAAUAUAUUAAAGGAAGUUUGGAAAGCGAAUCAGAAGUUCGCAUAGAAAUUGACACUGUCGUAGAAAAUGGAAAACGUGUUCAUGAACGGAUUAACAAAAUAUACACUACUCAUGAUUUGCAUAAAAUAUGUUAA